CAUUGUUCUCGGUGCCCCUCGGGCUUGAGCUACCUUGACUCCGGAGGUGCCGGGCAGUGCCCGGGGGCGCUUUUGCGCGCGGAACGACCGCGGGAUUGGCAUCUAGUCUCUGGAGAGGUGAGCCUGGAGAGCCAGAGCUGGAGCCGCGCGGGCCGAGAGAGCAGCCCGAGGCAAGGGGAUAACGGGCCUGGAGCCAGUGCGGGCAGCCCUGUUGGGGGAGGGGCGUCGGGGGCUCUGUCCCCGUCCCGCGGGCCCCAGCUCUCCCGGUUUAGGCGCCCGGUUGGCUCAGCGACCGGACAUGGACUCUUCUCCCUAGCGGUGAGCUCCGUGUACAUCCAACCAGGGGCGCAGAGUUUAGACUGGAAGGCACAGUGGACGACAUCCCGAGCAGCUCAUUUUACAGAUGGGGAAACUGAGCUUCAGAGGGGGCGUGGCUUGCCCCAGCCAGACUCCUUGUUGAAAUUUGAGGAGGGUGCUGUCUUCUCAGAGAGCCUGGCUGGAGAAGACUGAAGGUCAAGGUUAGAAGCCUGAGUGAUUCCCCCCAGAACGUGGAUGAUGGCCUCUGAGGUGCCGAGAGUAACCACUCCCCUGAGCCCCUUAGUCCGUGUCCCUCAAGAGGAAGAUGACCAGGAGGAGGAGGUCGCCACCAUGAUCCUGGAAGACGACUCCUGGGUGCAGGAAGCUGUGCUGCAGGAGGAUGGCCCUGAGUCGGAGCCCUUUCCCCAGAGCGCCGGCAAGGGCAGCCCCCAUGAGGAGGUGGCCGGAGGGCCACAGGGUGCCCUUGGCCGUCUUCGAGAGCUCUGCCGGCGCUGGCUGAGGCCAGAGGUGCACACCAAGGAGCAAAUGCUGACCGUGCUGCCAAGGGAAAUUCAGGCCUGGCUGCAAGAGCAUCGGCCCGAGAGCAGCGAGGAGGCGGUGGCCCUGGUGGAAGAUUUGACCCAGACCCUUCGGGACAGUGAUUUUGAGAUCCAGAGUGAAAAUGGGGAGAACUCUAACCAAGACAUAUUUGAGGAUGUUGAAUCACAUGAAAUGUUCUCCGAAAUGCCUGAAGGGGAAGGCAUUCCACAAUCUGACUGGGAAAGUGACUUGGAGAGAGACUGCAGCUCCCGGGGGCCCCGGGGAAACACCCCGGGGGAGGACCAUGGGGAGGUGCCACCCCAGAGCAGGGAAGUUGGACAGCUCAUAGGCCUUCAGGGCACCUACCUGGGUGAGAAGCCCUAUGAGUGUCCCCAGUGUGGGAAAACCUUCAGCCGGAAAUCCCACCUCAUCACGCACGAGCGGACCCACACAGGAGAGAAAUACUACAAAUGCAAUGAGUGCGGAAAAAGCUUUAGUGAUGGUUCCAACUUCAGUAGACACCAAACUACUCACACCGGGGAGAAACCUUAUAAGUGCAGGGACUGUGGGAAAAGCUUCAGCCGGAGUGCAAACCUCAUCACCCACCAGAGGAUCCACACGGGAGAGAAACCCUUCCAGUGUGCUGAGUGCGGCAAGAGUUUCAGCAGGAGCCCCAACCUCAUCGCCCAUCAGCGGACUCACACGGGGGAGAAACCGUACUCGUGCCCCGAGUGUGGCAAGAGCUUUGGAAACCGGUCCAGCCUGAACACGCAUCAGGGGAUCCACACAGGAGAGAAGCCCUACGAAUGUAAAGAAUGCGGCGAAAGCUUUAGUUACAACUCCAACCUCAUCAGGCACCAGAGGAUCCACACAGGAGAGAAGCCGUACAAGUGCCCCGACUGCGGGCAGAGGUUCAGCCAGAGCUCGGCCCUCAUCACCCACCGGAGAACUCACACGGGAGAAAAACCUUAUCAGUGCAGCGAGUGCGGGAAGAGCUUCAGCCGCAGCUCCAACCUGGCCACGCACCGGAGGACCCACCUGGUGGAGAAGCCCUACAAGUGCGGGGAGUGCGGGAAGACCUUCAGCCAGAGCUCCAGCCUGAUUGCACACCAGGGGAUGCACACGGGCGAGAAGCCCUACGAGUGCCUGACAUGUGGGGAGAGCUUCAGCUGGAGCUCCAACCUCAUCAAGCACCAGAGAAUCCACACGGGUGAGAAGCCCUACAAAUGCAAUGAGUGUGGGAAAGGCUUCAGCCAGCGCUCCCAGCUGGUGGUGCACCAGAGGACCCACACGGGUGAGAAGCCCUACAAAUGCCUCAUGUGCGGCAAGAGCUUCAGCCGGGGCUCCAUCCUGGUCAUGCAUCAGAGAGCCCAUCUGGGAGACAAGCCAUACAGGUGUCCCGAGUGCGGGAAAGGCUUUAGCUGGAAUUCAGUCCUCAUCAUACACCAGCGAAUACACACCGGGGAGAAGCCCUACAAAUGCCCCGAGUGCGGCAAAGGCUUCAGCAACAGCUCCAAUUUUAUCACACAUCAGAGAACUCAUGUUGGAGAAAAACCCAAUGUAUGCUGUGAAUGUGGAAAACAUUUCAGCCUGAGCUCACACUUAGCUGUCCACAGAUUAGCCCACACUGGAGAAAAGAAACCCUAUAAAUGUGGCCAGUGUGGGAAAAGCUUUGGCCAAAGCUCAUAUCUGGUUUGCUACCAGAGAAUCCACAUGGUGGGGAAGCCCUACAAAUGCCCCAAAUGUGGGAGAGGCUUCAGUGAUCAUUCUGACCUCAUCACACACCAGAGAAUCCACACAGGAGAAAAGCCCUAUAAAUGUGGGGAGUGCCGCACAGGCUUCACGCAGAGCACAGGCCUUAUUAUGCACCAGAGAAUCCACACAGGAGAGAAACCCGGUAAGUGUAGUGAGUGUGGAAAGAGUUUCACCAACGGCUCGCGCUUGGGGACACACUGCUGAACGCACACUGGCGAAAAGCCCUACCAGUGCCCCGAGUGUGGGAAAACGGUCAGUAAGGGUUCCACUCUGACCAGCCAUCAAGGAGAGAAACCCUCUGAGUGUCUGGAAUGUGGGAAACGUUUCAUUGACUGCUCAAACGUCAUUACCCACCGGCGAAUCCACACUGGAGAGAGACUCUAUAAAUGUGGGGAACGUGGGGAGAGCUUCAAUCAGAGCUCAGGUCUUAUUACUCACGAGAGAAUCCACACGGGAGAAAAACCCUAUGGAUGUGCUGAGUGUGGGAGCCAAUUCAACAAUAGCUCACGUAUUAGUGCACGUCAGAGAGCCCACGCCGGGGAGAGACUCUAGGUGUAGGGGACCUAUCUUGAAAACACUGCAGAAUCUACCCCCAAAACGGGUUUGUAUGGCCUUUGAUUCUAUACCACGACACCCACAGGAGAAGGAGAGAGAGCUCAAAACCCAGUCCAACAGACCGUAUUUUGUUUCUCUCACUCAGUACCCACUGGGCUUAUGAAAUACCACUCAAGGCUUUCCUGUCCAUGCUGUUAAAAUGGAAGCUGAUUUCCAGAGGUUUCAGAGACUAGUUCUGAAUCUGACUGUAUCACCAUCUCAGUGUGUCUUCACUGUGAUUCUGUGCCUUAAUUUUCACAGCAUGGUAAUGUGAGGGUGAGAUCCAAAUCCUCCUUCCAGGCCGGAGGCGGCUCUGCCCUCCCGUGGUGAUGGCAUUAAAGAUGUAGAACCAGCAGUGGCUGAGCAGUUUCCUCCCGGCACUGGGCAGCUAAACAAGGAUUUGUUUAUGAGCUAAAUACAUUUCUAAAGGUCUUCCCCUGUUCUGCCUCUGGGAGGACUGGAGCCUCAGAACUGUCUGUGUUUCCCUACAUCCCCUGUCUUAGAUUUACAUGGAGUUACUUGAGAGGAAAGCAUUCUAUUGGGUUAUUUGGAGGAGGGAAGAGGAGGAAAGAUCAAUGCUAAAGGCUGACUUUCUAAACCAUACCAUACCCUACUCUUCCUCCAACAUAUUAGGUUGAACCAUGGGAGAUUGCCAUUUUUGCUCUAUAAAACUAGCGAUUUCAUGAUUCAACCGAAGUAGAAUUUUUGCAUGGUUGAAUUACUCCAAACUGCCAGCAGGGCUGCUGCAGAGCUUUAAAGCUCAUACCGUAUCCUACAAAUGUGAGACCGGGUCUAGAAGAUCGUGAACCAGGGUGAUAAAGUGGGUGAAGUCUUUUCUGUUUGUAAAUAUGUCCAGAACAAUAACUAGGAACCAUGGCGUUGAUUAAGAAGACUCCUGGUUGGAGGAGUUACCGCUCUAUCACCUGCCUCUGACGAGCUCACUAGUUCCCGUCUGUGCUCAGGUGUCCAGGUCCUACGGGGGAGGCCAAGUGCAGGUCGACAGGUUCUGGAGAUUUGGGCAUCUCUCUGGGAGCAGAGUCCCUGGAGGGCCUCUGACAUACACAGCAAAUGGUGCUUGGAAAUAAAUGGAACACAGUUUCUCCCUCUUAAAA